CGGCGCUAGGAUAUUCGGCAUUUGCCCUCGUCGAGGGAGAUGAUGGACGCUGGCACUGGACGGUGUGGCGAGGAGGUCCCUCGGUCACGUCCAUUUCACCUGUGAUUGACUCCUGACCGCGUGUGUACCCGUCGUCUGUUCAUGCCGACAGCAGCUCCCAGGUCCCCUCUCGACGUCGAGCCCCGGCAGGAAGAGAUCGUGGUGCGCACGCAGCACCGCACAUAUCCCGAUGGAGAGAGCGCAGGUGGCCCAGGACGUCUUUCGAUCCGGUGCAGCUGGGGUCGACGUCCACCGCCCUGGUCUGCAGGUCCCGCGGAGGUGACAUGCGAACCAGGGAGGAGAGGGCUCCGCGUAGCUGGUAUACGAUACAGGGCGGUGCAUAUGGACGUGGAACGGGACCCUUCGACGGAUCUACUCAUCGGUCGGCCAGACACGACCACGCACUACAUGACCACGAUCCCCUCGAGGGGCGUCCAGUCCGCCCACAUGUGUCUCGCACGAUAUCCCGCCGACGCGGUUGGCCUGCCCCACAUCCAUUGGAUUCGCCAGAUGAUCAACAUGCGCGCAUCACCGGUGCUUGGGUCGUCCACAGCAGGCCAUGUGGCGUGGAUCGUCGGGCGAUGCACAUGGCGCAUAGCAUGGGUGGACUCCAUCCGCAGCUUCGGGCGCGACGCUGUGGUCGACAUGGAGAGUCCCAUGAGAGCGACGGCUUUGGGUACUUGGCGGACUCUCUCACGACAUGUUCACGUACUACAUAUUCCUUCGGCGAGCGAUGCGUGUGUGUGUGUGUGUGCGUUGCGCAUCUGUGUCGCCCAUCGCAGCCGUGUGUCGCGGUGGUGAUGAGACCCUGGCAGCGUCGGCGCAUAAGCCACGAGUGCCAAUGUGUGAUUUCCCUGGGCGCCCUUGGACACGCCGAUCCUGGAUGACAGCGGGUGGAAAGCGUCACUCCCAGAGAUGAGCCCAUGGCUCCCAGGUGGGUGCUGUGAGACAUGUACUGGACUACUGGCUUGGACGACUCUCACCUACCUACUGUACUGUACAUCAUCGACGACGGAGAGAUGGUGGCCGAUUCUUUCCCCGAUGAGCUGCUGUCGUUGUUUAGUGCCGCCCCAGAGGAGCUGGUGUUGGGCAAAGGCGAAACUCAAAUCCCAGCCCGGGCCGACGGCGACGAUGAUGCACGUGGCAGCCGCCCAUCCAUCAUACCUAGCACGCCUAGG